UUCCUAGAUAUGAAGUAUGAAGAGAUGAAAGCAGAAGGAAACAUUUCCACAGUGAUAGAAUUUGUGCUCGAAGGAUUUUCUGACCUUCCAAAUUUCCAAGGCUUAUUAUUUGGGCUUUUCUUCAUCAUUUACAUGAUUGUGUUAAUUGGAAAUGGCCUCAUAAUAAUAAUAACCAGGUUUGACCCGGCACUACAAAAACCCAUGUAUUUUUUCCUGGCAAAUUUUUCCUCAUUGGAAAUCUGUUAUGUAUCAGUCACUCUCCCCAGGACGCUGAAACACCUUUGGACUCAAGAUAGAAGCAUUUCUAAGGUGGAGUGUGCCACCCAAAUGUUCUUCUUCAUUACGCUGGGAGCCACUGAGUGUUUGUUCCUUACUGUGAUGUCCUAUGACCGCUACGUGGCCAUCUGCAACCCUUUGCACUACCCUUUAGUCAUGAACCACAAAACUUGUGUCCAGUUGGCUGUUGGCUCCUGGGUCGGUGGAAUCCCAAUGCAACUAUGGCAAACGUGUCAAAUUUUUUCUCUGCAUUUCUGUAAUUUCAACGAAAUUAGGCAUUUCUUCUGUGACAUUCUCCCCGUUCUCAAGCUAGCCUGUGGAAACACUUUUCUCCAUGAAAUGUCUCUCUACAUAGCUGCUCUCAUCUUUGUUGUUCUUCCCUUCAUAUUAAUACUUGCCUCUUAUAGCAAAAUUAUUUGCACCAUACUGAGGUUGCCAACAGCCACAGGACGGAUGAAAGCCUUUUCCACCUGUUCUUCCCAUUUGGUGGUUGUGAUUUUAUUCUUUGGAUCUGGUUCCAUCACUUACUUAAAGCCAAAAUCCACUGGGUCUGCAGGAACCGAUAAACUUCUUUCUCUUCUCUAUACCACAGUGACUCCUAUGUUUAACCCCAUGAUAUACAGUCUUAGAAACAAGGAUGUGAUUGCAGCACUGAGAAAAUUAUUUCUUAUAAAGUAG